UUUUAAUUAUUCUUUUUUAUUAUGUUUCCUACUUUAUUUUGUUGCUUGGUAUAGUUUAAAUAGGACUUCUAUUCUUGUUAGAAUUAGAGUCUUCCUAUUCUAUUUAGUUUCAUAGUAUGGUUUAAUAAGAAUUCCUAAUAUUAUUAGACUCAGAUGGUUAUUUAAACCUCUAAGAAGGGCUGUUGGGAUCAUCAAUUAAUAAUAUUGGAGUUUUAGCUUUAAAGCUUGGGCAACAGUUGCUACCGUUGAUUGCUAUUUUUCUGCUCUCAUCAAUUGGUCCGACCUGCCGGAUCCGUCCCGCCGGAAUGACGAGAUCCCAGAAUGAUCGCAUGACAGAGAUGGAGGCCGAGCAAGCCCAGAUGGGAACUUAGCAAACCUGGAUGAAUCAAAACCUGGAGGAGCAUGACAUGCGUCCGACAGAGAUCAUCGCUUCCCUGGCGGCGCUUACCAAGGCGCUCGUUCCACUAGUCACAACAGAGACGAGCUCGGACGUAGUUGGCAGCACUGCCAUGACUGUGCACAGCAGCGACGAACAACCGCACAACGUCACUCCAACCUUGCCGGGAACAUUUGACGGAGAUGACCCGAUCAGGUGGAUAUCUCAGGUUUAACAGUGGUUUGAAUUGGAUGGAACCCUACCGGAGAAAAAGGUGACCGCCGUUGUGGUUGCCAUGGAAGGGGGCGCUCUCUAUUGGGUAACCUGGCUGAGAGCGCGCAAACUUUUGCUGACCUGGGAAGAAUUCAAGGAAGCAUUGGUGGCCGGAUUUGACUCCCUAUUUAAGGGGAACAAGUUUGCAGGGUUGUCUGGCGUUGGAAUGGUGGAAGAACACAACACCAUAUAUGUUCAAUUGGUCAGCCAAGUUUCUGGACUGUCUGAUGAUCAUUACUUAAUGUACUACAUGAAUAGACUAAAAGAUCCAAUAUGGAGCUCGCUACGCUUAUUGAGACAGGAUAACUUAGACGCUGCCAUGGUGAUAAGUUUGUAUUUCAACACACAUUUGACGUUUGUUGGGAUCGGCUUUUGAUGGUUUUCCUAGCUUUAAGGUGUUGCAAGUCUCAAUUUUAGCUCAAGUUAUGUUUGCCAGACGUUGGUUCGAGUUUUGUGUCAUUUGGAGUCAAAAUCAGGGAAUUUGAGCCUGACACCGAUGCUUAAGAAGUAAUCAGGAUGAUUCGAGAUGCAUUCGAGAGUGGAUUGAGAGAUUUGGAGGUCACCGGGAGGUUUACGAUGAAGAUUUGAUGACAAAAGAGCUCUAGGAUUGGCUACGGGAUCAAAAGAAGAUGAACGAAGCUUGAAAACGACGAUCAGGAUGACCUUCUGUCAAUCAUUCAAGCAUAUCGCUCUGUAGAAACAUCCAAUGUACACGAUUCAAGUUCGAUAUGCAAGCCAACUUCAAGGGAUACAAAUCAUAUACAGACAUCAUUGCGAGAAUCUGAAAGGAAGAAGGUGAAAACAUACAAUGAAGUCAGAUGAUCCCUGUUACAAUUUCAUAAUGCCACCUUCCACCAUUUUAUUCAUAUACCUUUAUCAGAGGAUUCAAAUCCAAUUCGGCAAGUUGUGGUGGAUAGAGGACUUCAUUAUCUACAACUUUUAUGAAGAAAGUUUUGUCAAAUUCGGAACGGAAAAGGCCAAGCACAGUCGUGACUAGGAGACAGGCACUCCGUGCCUGAAGAAGAACUUGAUACCUAGCUACUGGAGGCCAGGAACGAUCGUGCCUAGAGGGAGGCACGACCUUGCCUACCCAAAACACGCGACUUUACUCCGGAGGCACGGUCGAAGGCACGGUCAUGCCUGGCACCGUGCCUGCCUCCGGAAAUCUCAAUUCAACUCAAAUUUGACCCGAUUUUUCUAUUUAAACAGCCUGUAAACCCCCGUUUUCAAGGGGGAGCUUAGAGAGAAUGCCUAGAACGAAUUUUGGAGGGCUUUUCAGCCUUGUUCAUCAAUAUUUUGGGAUUCUUUGUAAGUUCCAUAUUUUU